AUGAUGCGGCUUAACGAACUAAGGAGCUUCUCUCAUGCUGUCAGUGACCAGAAGAAGAAGAAAACCCCAAACGAAGAAUCAAGCAAGAAGAAAGUUUCAACAUCAAAACUCGCAAUGUCUUGGCUACGUCAAGGGAAGGGUAACAACACGCACGAAGUCCCGCAAGAUCAUGAUCCACGUAGAGACAGCACAAGCACAUUCAUUCCUUGA